CGUCGGAAAGACGCAAUCGAGGAUCAUACUUAGACAAAACGCAGCCCCAUGUUGGUUAAUUUAUAUUUUUCAGAAACAUCAGCAGUGAGUCGAAGACUUGAAUGUAAUUACGCGAUUGAGGUUUACUACUGAGUUGAGACUUGAGAGAAACAGCAACAUGUUUCAUUCUACGUUGUCUCUUUACGUAUGCAAGAGCAAGCGCCUCUGCGUUCGACUUGUUUCUGCCGCACAGACUGGCUACCACUACACGACCUCAAAGAGCCCCCUUAAGUCGGAGUAUCGUAUAGCUUUGCGCAAAUACGAUCCGAUCGUUAAUCAGCACGUGAUGUUUUACGAAUCAAAAUUACCGGUUUGGAAACGACAAGUUAAAAGAGCUAUCGAGAUGCGGUAUGCUCGCCACACUGGAGAACGAAACAAAGAGCUUAUCAUGAAAUUGACGAAGGGUGACCGAAGAAGAGAAGAGCAGAAAAACGAAAAAGGGACGUUUGGUUGAGUAGCUCUGUAGGCUUUCGUGGUCGGAGCGACUGGUGGAGUAAAAUAUGAACCACGCAUCAAUUUUAAACAUAGCGACCUGCUCAGCUCUCACACACACACUCACACAGAAUCGAUAAUGAAUGUAUGUAGGAAAGCAAACUUGUUUUGGCGAUGGACGUCGCCAGCUUCAUGAGAUCGCCUGCUUCUUGAUAUUGGAAUGAUUUAUCUAAUAUCAAAAAAUCGUAAUCGUUUGCAUUGAACUUAAGAGAAGUAUGCGCGCACCA